AUGCGUUUCUCCGCUAUCUCUGUCUCUCUCGCUUCUGCGCUCGCAGUCAAUGGCGCAGCCGUUCCUGUCGUGGCACAGGGUAACAUCUCCGCCCGUGAGGCCAACCCUGUCAAUGUCGAGACCGUCACCUUCGCUGGUGCAAAGGUAGACAACGUUGUCGUCGCCCGCUCCGACGAGGCCGCCCCUCUCGCCGAACGCCAGGCCGGCGUCACCGCUGUCGUGAGUGGCCUUGGCGCCGGAGCCAUGAGUGUCGCUACCGAGGUUGCUGUCAACCUGAUCACCGAUACCCUUCGUGCGGUCGUCGAUUGGACCGCCGCCCGCGAGGCCUUCACUCAGAAGACCGCAACCCAGAUGUACAAGACCAACCCCGACCCUAAGAAGUUCCCCGCCGCCAUCUGCUACAACCAGGGUUACCGCGUUAAGGACCCCAAGGGCAUCGAUGGUAAGGCCAGUGUUACUCUACGCUCUAAUGUUUUGCACGUCAGCUACGACUGCAUGUACAUGACCGCAGCUAACGCCUUUUACACUGACGGCGAUGGUGGUGCCAUCAACCUGUACUACGCCUACGACGGCAAACGUUGCUCUUUCGACAAGGCUACCGGUGACCUUACCUGCAAAUAG